UUGGGGAACUUCACCACCCAGAGCCAUGUCUAAGAAAAAAGGAUUGAGUGCAGAAGAGAAGAGAACUCGAAUGAUGGAAAUCUUUUUUGAGACAAAAGAUGUAUUUCAGUUGAAAGAUAUGGAGAAGAUUGCCCCCAAAGAAAAAGGAAUUACUGCUAUGUCAGUGAAGGAAGUCCUUCAAAGCCUAGUUGACGAUGGCAUGGUGGACUCCGAGAGGAUUGGAACAUCUAAUUAUUUCUGGGCUUUUCCAAGCAAAGCAUUGCAUGCAAAGAAACGAAAAUUAGAGACAUUAUCAGCUCAGUUUUCUGAGGGGAAUCAGAAGAAAGAGAACCUACAACAAAGCAUCAACAGAGCCAAAAUUGGCCGGCAGGACACGGAGGAGCGCACUGUACUUUCGAAGGAACUCACUUCUCUCCGGCAGCAGAAGGAGAAGCUAAAGGCUGAAUUAGAGAAAUACAGAGAAUGUGAUCCUGAGGUUGUAGAAGAAAUACGACAAGCAAAUAAAGUAGCCAAGGAAGCUGCCAACAGAUGGACUGAUAACAUAUUUGCUAUAAAAUCUUGGGCCAAAAGAAAAUUUGGAUUCGAAGAAAGUAAAAUUGAUAAAAACUUUGGAAUUCCAGAAGACUUUGAUUACAUAGACUAAAACAUCCAGUGGUAGUUCUAGAUUACUUGUGUGUAUAUAUGUAUAUUAAUAUUGUCAUUCCCAUAUAAU